GGAAGGCGGAAGGGUUGGGCAGAGCAGGCAGCUGAGGGCUGAGCUGCCUACCGGCUCCACUCCCAGAUCCCGCGCCGCCGCCCCCGCAGCGCCAUGGAGGCCGGGCUGCUGCGGUUCUGCAACUGGAGCACGCUGGGCGUGUGCGCCGCGCUCAAGCUGCCACAGAUCUCCGCGGUGCUGGCGGCGCAUAGCGCGCGGGGCCUCAGCCUCCCGAGUUUGCUUCUGGAGCUGGCGGGGUUCCUCGUGUUCCUCCGGUAUCAGUGUUACUACGGGUACCCGCCGCUGACCUACCUGGAGUACCCCAUCCUCAUCGCGCAAGACGUUGCCCUCCUGCUCUGUAUCUUUCACUUCAACGGGAACGUGAAACAGGCAGCGCCCUACGUCGCCGCAUUGGCGUGUUCUUGGUUCGUCCUCACCCUGCAGAAGUGGAUCAUAGACCUGGCCAUGAAUCUCUGUACUUUCAUCAGUGCGGCCAGUAAGUUUGCUCAGCUCCAGUGUCUGUGGAAGACAAGAGACUCGGGAGCCGUGAGCGCGCUGACCUGGAGCCUGUCCGCCUACAGCUGCGCAAGUAAGGUCAACAACUUCAAUAUCGCUUUAGAUGUGAAUGUGACGUGCAUUUUUAGUAUUUACCCGAGUUCCCUUCUGUUGGGUGCUGUAUUCAGUUCACCUUGGAGCCACGUGGUGUUGAUUAGAGCAAGAAUAGUAACAACCUUAAUGACCACCAAGGAUUUUACAAUUCUUACGCGUUUUGUGAUCAUGCUAGCUUUAAAUACAUGGGUAACAGUUACAGUACUUCGCUACCAGAAGACCGUUAAAAAGGCUGAAUGACAGAUAACCUUCUUCCUGCACACAACAUGGAUUUUGAAUAACUGAACUAGAGGAAAAAGGAAGCUCCUUGUUAAAUCAAGGUCUUUUAUAUUCAUUUCAGAAUCUUUGGCCUUUUUAAACUUGAAAGAGCCACUUUAACACUUGUUUAAAUGCCGAUUUCCCUUCCCUUUCCCCAUUUCUAGUGAUCAGACAGCUGUAGUUUUAAGAAGGCUGGCGACUGCUGGAAGUCAUCCAAGAAGCCGGUUUUGAGCAGACCACUUUCACCCUUACUCUUCAAGUUAGGACUAACUUCUCUCUGAAGAGCUAACUGCAUUUAUUUUUCAGCUUUUCAGAAUCAUUUAAGAAACAAAUCCUCUCCAUGACAAAAAUAAAUGUAAAUGGAGUGGGAUUUUGCUCAAAGUCAGAAAUGAAGUGGAACUGUAGUAAGUUACCUGGUUCACUUUGUAACAGAUGUAACAGGAUGGACUUGUGUAUCAUAACACAGUAUAAUAACACCUGCUCAAGCUCCGUCUAGCAGGGGAGGCAUCAAUGUAAUUGGCCUGAGUUUGUGUACCAGAAGUCUUUUAACUCACACUGUGCCUAACAAAAGCUACUAUUAGCAGUCGCUACUUAUGAUAAGGAAAUCCCAACCAACUUUUUGAUUGAAGCACAAAGCUUUUUGAAG